CCUCCCGCGGUGACUCAGGCGGCGAUGACGGCAGCGGAGGGGGCAUGACGGGCGCGCGGGCGUCCGCAGCGGAGCAGCGCAGGGCGCGGCGCGGCGGGCAGGCAGGGGCGGCCGAGCGGGCGGCGGGCAUGAGCGGUGCGGGCAGGGCGCUGGCCGUGCUGCUGCUGGCCGCGUCCGUGCUGAGCGCCGCGCUGCUGGCCCCCGGCGGCUCUUCGGAGCCCGAUACCCAGGCCGCGCCGCCACGAGACAUAGACAAAAAAAGACAUGUAGAGCUGAAGAUGGAUCAGGCUUUGCUACUCAUCCAUAAUGAACUUCUUGGGGCCAACUUGACUGUCUACUGGAAAUCUGAAUGCUGUUAUCACUGCUUGUUUCAAGUGCUGGUAAACGUUCCUCAGAGUCCAAAAGCGGGGAAGCCUAGCGUUGCAGCCGCCUCUGUCAGCACCCAGCACAGAUCUAUCCUGCAGCUGAAUGACACCUUGGAAGAGAAAGAAGUUUGUAGACUGGAAUACAGAUUUGGAGAGUUUGGAAACUAUUCUCUCUUGGUAAAGAACAUCCAUAAUGGAGUUAGUGAAAUUGUCUGUGACCUGGCUGUGAACGAGGAUCCAGUUGAUAGUAACCUUCCUGUGAGCAUUGCAUUCCUUAUUGGUCUUGCUGUCAUCAUUGUGAUAUCCUUUCUGAGGCUCUUGUUGAGUUUGGAUGACUUUAACAGUUGGAUUUCUAAAGCCAUAAGUUCUCGAGAAACUGAUCGCCUCAUCAAUUCUGAGCUGGGAUCUCCCAGCAGGACAGACCCUCUAGAUGGUGAUGUCCAGCCAGCAGUGUGGCAUCUGUCUGCCCCGCCGCCCCGCCUCCGCAGCGUGGACACCUUCAGAGGGAUUGCUCUCAUAUUCAUGGUCUUUGUCAAUUAUGGAGGAGGAAAAUACUGGUACUUCAAACAUGCAAGCUGGAAUGGGCUGACGGUGGCUGACCUCGUGUUCCCGUGGUUUGUGUUUAUUAUGGGAUCUUCCAUUUUUCUAUCAAUGACUUCUAUACUGCAACGGGGAUGUUCAAAAUUCAGAUUGCUGGGAAAGAUUGCAUGGAGGAGUUUCCUGUUAAUCUGCAUAGGAAUUAUCAUUGUGAAUCCCAAUUAUUGCCUUGGUCCAUUGUCUUGGGACAAGGUGCGCAUUCCUGGUGUGCUGCAGCGCUUGGGAGUGACAUACUUUGUGGUUGCUGUGUUGGAGCUCCUCUUUGCUAAACCUGUGCCUGAACAUUGUGCCUCGGAGAGGAGCUGCCUUUCUCUUCGAGACAUCACAUCCAGCUGGCCUCAGUGGCUGCUCAUCCUGGCACUGGAAGGCCUGUGGCUGGGCUUGACAUUCCUCCUGCCAGUCCCUGGGUGCCCUACUGGUUAUCUUGGUCCUGGGGGCAUUGGAGAUUUUGGCAAGUAUCCCAAUUGCACUGGAGGAGCUGCGGGCUACAUCGACCGCCUGCUGCUGGGAGACGAUCACCUUUACCAGCACCCAUCUUCUACUGUGCUUUACCACACCGAGGUGGCCUAUGACCCUGAGGGCAUCCUGGGCACCAUCAACUCCAUCGUGAUGGCCUUUUUAGGAGUACAGUGCUGCUCAGACUGGGUCACCGAACAGGCCUGUCUAAGGGGACCCUUGUCACCUUUGUGGGGAAUUCUCCUUGGGCCCUGCCUGAAAGCAGGAAAAAUAUUAUUGUAUUACAAGGCUCAGACCAAAGACAUCCUGAUUCGAUUCACUGCUUGGUGUUGUAUUCUUGGGCUCAUUUCUGUUGUUUUGACGAAAGUUUCUGAAAAUGAAGGCUUUAUUCCAGUAAACAAAAACCUCUGGUCCCUUUCGUAUGUCACCACGCUCAGUUCUUUUGCCUUCUUCAUCCUGCUGGUCCUGUACCCGGUUGUGGAUGUGAAGGGGCUGUGGACAGGAACCCCAUUCUUUUAUCCAGGAAUGAAUUCUAUUCUGGUGUAUGUCGGCCACGAGGUGUUUGAGAACUACUUCCCCUUUCAGUGGAAGCUGAAGGACAACCAGUCCCACAAGGAGCACCUGACUCAGAACCUCGUUGCCACUGCCCUCUGGGUGCUCAUUGCCUAUGUCCUCUACAGAAAGAAGAUUUUUUGGAAAAUCUGAUGGUUGCCACUGAGAUGUGCUGCUGGAAGACGCUAGUAGGCCUGCAGGGUGGACUGAAGCAGCCUUCGUUAAAGGGAAGCAUUCAUUAGGAAAUUGACUAGCUGUGUGUUUACAGACUCUGGGGGAAGACGCUGGUGUCCUCAAACUGGUUAACUGUGACACGGCUCGCCAGAAUUCUGCCUAUUUGUGACUUACAGAUUUGAAAUGUAAUUGUCUUUUUUCCUUCAUCUUCUGUGGAAAUGGAUGUAUUUGGAACUUCAUUCCAAGGAGAUCAGCUUUAACUUUCCAAAAGGGAAUUGCCAUGGGUGUUUUUCUUCUGUGGUGGGUGAAACAAUCUGAGGUCUGGUUCUUGCUGACCUUAUUUCCCUGCAAACUUCCUUUCCAUGCUUACGCGGACACCAACGUGAAAUGCCGUCACUCCUACUGCGGCUGCUAUGAAGCUUACUGGAUGUGAUGUGUCAUAAUUUAGUCUAUUUUUUUGAUUAAAUGCAGUUUAAUGUUUCCAGAAAGCCAAAGUAAUUUUCUCUUCAGAUAUGCAAGGCUUUAGUGGGUCCAAAAAAUGUCUAUCACAAGUCAUUUUUUCCUUUUCCUCUCUCGAAAAGUUAAGAUACCUAUGUGUUAUUCCCAUCCUCUCUUGCCUGUGUAUCUGUCUGUCUGUCCAUCAUCUUCCUUCCUCCCUCUCUCUGUGCAUCUGGAUGGCAGCCACUGCCCAGGGGAGUGACUUGGGGAGGGCAGGCACUGUCCUUGCCCAUGGGUCCAGCUGAGCCAUCCCUGCUGGGUGAGAUGCUGGGCAAGACCCUUGGCCCGCCUGGGCCUUGGCUUCCUCACUUGUGAAAUGAGCGGGAAGAUGACUUUCAGUUCCCUUCCACCUCUUAGACAUGGUGAGGUGACAGACAUCGAAAGCUUUUCUGAAAUCUUCAGAAGAAACAGUUUCAUUACAGAAAACUCUUCAAAAUAAAUAAUAAUGAAAAUUUUAAAAACUCUCAUUGGAGUCAGUCUUUUCAAGAUGACCCUCCACAAUGGAGGCAGUAUUCCUACUUGUCAUCACACAGCUGAAGACAUUGUUUCUUAGGUGUGAAAUCGGGGACGCAGAGACACAGGGCACUGUUCAUAGGAGGCAUCGUCACCCUUCUCAGUGUUCUGUGGGAAUUUCCUAUGUGAGGAAAACGUGGCCACAGGGUUGUGCUGUACCCACCCUUCUCCGGCGAGACAGCCCUCGGCCUGUGCCACUGCUUCCAGCCUCACCACUGCAUGACAGCUUUUGGUCUGUUUCCAGCUCUGCCCUCUGCCCUGAAUUCUCAUCCGGCUUGUACUUGCCUGCUUGACCCCUCCACCUGGAGGCCAGCCCGUGUCUCAGGCUCAGCCCUACCCUCCUUUCCUCAAAUUCAGAGUGUUUCCUGUUUAGGUUUCCCUGGCUUUGUGAAUGGAUCAUGCGUCUCUAGGUACAAACCUGCCAUCAUCUUUCUGCCUGCCUCACCUCCACCGGAUCUCCCCAGUCCUGUCUCCAUCUUCCACCUGUAGCUGCUCUGUUCUUAUGGUCACUGCCACAUCACUCGAGUCCAGACCCUUGUUAUCAUUUUCAAACUGGCCUCUUUCCCUUGUUCCCCCAUUCUUAAAGCCACCUGUCCACUGCCACCAGAUUAAGCUUUCUCUAGCCAGAUCACCUCUCUUUGAGAAACCUCCACUGAAACGGAAACGCCAUUGCCUGGCACACAUACUCACAUACUCGCCUUCCCGUCUUGAUCCCCAUGCAUCUUUCCAGCCUCCCCUCCCACUCUACUCCCUCCUGCCCCUCCCCUCUGAAUCCAACCCAGCAGGCUUCUUCUGCCUCCAUCACAUCACAGAAGUACCUCCUGCUUCUGGUUUCAAUUAGAACCUUCCCCGAUUACAUUUUCCUCUGAAUUUUUUCCUAUCUACAUUUGAUCUGUCAUGUUUAAACCCCCUACUUCUAAAGGACCUUCUCUAAUCUCCUCCUCAUCCCCAAAUAGUGUUUUCUUCCUCUGGGUUCUUGUAAUGUUGGUAUCAAUCUCAGCAUUUAGUGCUUCCUGCCUAGUGUGACAGUUACCUGUGUGCAUGUGCAAUUUCUAAUUUCCCACGCUAGACUGUGAGCUUCCUAAGGCAAGAAUCAUGCCUUGUUGGUUUCUGUAUUCCUCAUGGCGCCAAACACAGUGCCUUGUACAUUGCAGGCGCUAAAUAAACAUUUUUAAAGCAAAA